AUGCCUGAACAUACGCCGGCACCGACGCCGGGAAGAGCCAUUUAUGGUUUUGUUCUAUAUCUAUUGUUUAAGACCUUAUUCUUCUUGUACGUCCUGUGGGCUUACGUUCCUACUUCUUGGUUUGAGAAGCUUGGUUUGACUUACUUACCAGAUAAAUAUUUUGCACUCUUCUUACCCAUCGUCGCACUGGUCGCAGUGACGCUGUUUGCUUUUGUAAUAUAUCCCUCGCUAGCAGUCUCAAUGAUGCCUAAUGUGGACGACCAGGUGACGAUCGCCGAUAGCAACACAAUCGUUCGAUGCGAAUAUCGCUUCCCGGACGAUCAAAGCUGUCAUCAGCGGGUGGAGGAUCCAUUCGAAGCCGGCUGGUACGCGAAACGUCACUGUUCGAAACAUUGUUCCCGUCACAUCGAAACGCAACGUACGGCACGAGUAGCCAACUUUUGCGAUUGUCCAUACGAAGGGCAAUGUCUGCUUCGGAAGGAUCCCGAGUAUUUACCUACGCUGCGGAGCAAAGAUCCGAUACCUGCCGUCAGGGAUUUGAGCCUAUCGCAGGUCAGUCGAGUCCUGUAUCGACGAUGUAGAUAAAAGUGAAUUUUUAAUUUGAAAAUAAAAGUUUAUAAUUAGGCAAUCUGCUGAAAUAAUCCGA